UCUACGCGGCCGGGACUGCCGCUACCUUUCUGGAAAGCGCCGGCCUCGGGUCCCGGCUCCCGCCCGCCACAGGCGUCCCCGCUGCUGCGGGGCAGGGACCGGGCGCCCCGCCCUCACCAGCGCCCGCCCCCGCCCGCCCCCGGCCCGCCCUCCGCAUCUGGCCCCUGGGCCGCGGCCCCGGGAGGCGGCCAGCGAGCUGGGGUCGCGCGAUGUCGCACGGAGCCGGGCUCGUCCGCACCACGUGCAGCAGCAGCGGCGGCGCGCUCGGACCCGGGGCCGGUGCGGCCCAGCCCGGCGCGAGCCCCCUGGAGGGGCUGCUGGACCCCGGCUACCCCCGCACCCACGCGGCCCUGCUGAAAGUGGCGCAGAUGGUCACCCUGCUGAUUGCCUUCAUAUGCGUGCGGAGCUCCCUGUGGACCGACUACAGUGCCUACAGCUACUUUGAAGUGGUCACCAUUUGCGACUUGAUAAUGAUCCUCGCCUUUUACCUGGUCCACCUCUUCCGCUUCUACCGCGUGCUCACCUGUAUCAGCUGGCCCCUGUCGGAACUUCUGCACUAUUUAAUCGGUACCCUGCUCCUCCUCAUCGCUUCCAUCGUGGCAGCUUCCAAGAGUUACAACCAGAGCGGACUGGUAGCCGGAGCGAUCUUUGGUUUUGUGGCCACCUUUCUCUGCAUGGCAAGCAUGUGGCUGUCCUACAAGGUCUCCUGUGUAACCCAGUCCACAGUGACAGUUGGCACUGGGUAGAAGACACAAGUCCUCCCCCGAGCAGAAGUUGGAGUCAAGCCUGCAGAGUGUGGCUUGUGGGUGGCCCCGCCCGUGGCAAACUGUCCUGACUGCCAUUUCCUUCCCAAGAUGCAGCUGUCUGAUGAGGCCACGGCCCCUCGGGCCCUCAGGAGCUUUGCAGAGAGAGGACAUGUGCCCCAGGCGAGGCCUCUGGACCUGUGUUCCUGUGCCAAAGUCCUGCCAGGCUGGUGGGCACCAGGAAAGGCCUGCACCCUCUUCCUGCUUUCCCAGGAAGCCAGCUCCCUGAGCGCCUGAGUGGGCAGGAAACCCUUUCUGCCACCUUCUGGGGGAACAUCCCUCCCUUCUGGGAAAGGAAAGCAGCCUCCAGGGAAUUCUGUUUUCGGCCUUCCUGCUUCUAGAACCACCUCAGGUACUGACACCCCCCACUUAGCACAGCUGGAGGGGUUUGUGAAUACUCCUGCCCAAAUCCCUUCUAAUUCUCACUUCUCAGGGGAGUGAAGCCUUAAGAAACAAAGCCCCCUCCUAAUUUAUCUGGUUGUCAGUGGGUCUUAGAGAUACCCACUUUCCUGAAGCAAGGCGUGCCUGUAGAAACACUAUGUGGUCAGCCUGUGCCCAAGGAGACCUCAUGUCUCCUCUCCGUCUCUGCCUCUGUUACCAUUGUGCAUGUGUUUGUGUGUUUUUUAAUAAAAUAUUGACUUGGCCAGUU